AUGUUGCCUGGGGGGGGCAUGGCUAAGGGCCUCCGCGAGUUACUGAUGGAGCCGCCAGUUGUAAACGGACCCCCUGCCUGGACGCUGCAAGAGGAGCUUCUGCUGGCGCACGCUGUCAUGCGCUAUGGCACCGACGACUGGAAGUUGGUUGCGCAGACGCUGGAGGGGAGGGCGCCGCUGCACGGGUUUGGAGGCCGGUUCUCCCCUGAGCUUUGCGAAGCCCACUUCGGGCUGCUCCACGCUCGGUGCGGCGCUCUCGCGGCAGGGCCCGACGGCAUAGCGGGGAGCAUCUCGUCAUAUCUGAGGGCGCAGCGGUUGGCUGAGUUGCGAAAUGGGCUGGCCGUGAGAGAAGACUCCAUCAGCUUGCUCAAGGUCAAGAUCCAGUCCCUCGAGAGCGCGCGCCUGACCCUCCGGUCCCAGCGACCCAAAGCUGACGUCAUCCCCCAUCACUUUUCUGCAAACUCGCUACCCCCGCAGCAGCCACUUCCGGAGGCAACAGCCCAAAGCCUUCCAUUACACACAGACGGCAACGCUUCCGAGGGGGCGGCAACGGUUUGUCCCGCAGCCGAGGCGAACGGUUUCGAAACUGACACCUCUAGUUGGGGGGUAACGAGGCCGCCCCUUCCGAGUACCCCCCAAAACGGAAGCGACCAGUCCGCGCAAUGGGGCGCGGGGAUCCCUCUGGCUGGGCGACUUUUAGCGCCAACGCUGAGUCAGGAGAUGGCCAGCUGGCUAGCGAGCGGCGCCGCCCCUCUGUUUGCGGACGACGGGACUGUAACGGCAACGUCCGAACACAGCAGAGAAGGGUCCGAAGCGUCCGAUAACGUUCCGGGGGGGAGAUCGCCGCCGGGCUUGAACCUCGACGUCGAGGAGCAUUCCACAGCCGAAGCGGGCGCCGCUGACGUCAUCGAUGACGUGGCGGUGACGGCGGUGCGAGGAGUGGGGGCGGGAGAGAAGGGCGGCGUUGCUGCUGUCGUCAGCCCGACGGUCACGCCGACGUCGCUGCUCGAGGCGCACGCGGUGGAGGCUUUGCGGGAAGAAGGACAAGGGGAAAAGGGGACUGGCGAUGAAGCUGUGCGGGUUGAGAACGAGAGGGGGAACAAAUUGGACGUGGAGAAAGUGGGCGAGAACGAGGGCGGGGAGGAAACAGGCAAAGCUGGGAACGAGGGUGGGGAGGAAAAGGACGUGUUGGCGACUGAGGAAGGCGAAAGGGUUGGGAAGGUAGAGAACGAGGAGGGGGAGCCGGGAGUGGCUUUGGGUGUUGAAGGUGGAAAAAACGACGGUGCGGUGUCUGGGGUUCCGGAGAAAGCAGAGAAAGAGGGGGAGGUUCCCGUUGCGAACUUCGAAGAUUCGCGGGGGCAAGAGCCGGACGCUUUUGCAGUCCGAUCGGAAGAGCACGGAACGGAAGGACGCACCGAAGAAGUCAAGGGAGGGGAGAGCGAUUCGAAGCCCGAGAAAGCCGAGACGGAGGAGUUGGGAGAGAAGCCGGACGAACUUUCCGUCGAGAGGAGGAGAGACGGCGUGUUGGAAGGGUUAGUUGAGAAGCCGUCUUCUGUCAAUGAAGAAGCACAACCGCGGCAAGGGCCGCGCUCUCCGUUGGAACGAGCGGAGCUUCCGGCGGAACAAACUGACGGUACAGCGGAGGUCUCGAAAGUAGCUGUAGAGGGGGCUGAACGGACGGGUGAAAUAGCACGAGUGACCGAAGAAACGGCAAAAGAGGCGCCGGAAGUGGCAGGCAAUCCUUCGGUUACGGAAAAAGGACGAGAAGCAGGGGGGAGCGCUGUUGAGGACGGAAAUGAAAACGGUAACGGACCGGGGGGCAAACCGGUGGCAGCCGCGCAUGAACAGCCCCCUGCAGAAGCGUUUGACUUGGAACUGGAACUAGAACGAGAGGAUUCGGAGGGCGCAGAAGGAACGUGGGAGGCCGCAGAGGAGCCGGCGCGGGCCGAGUCCCCUGACAUCGAAGCGCGUUUGGAGCAGUGGCUCCGGUCAAAAAUGGAGGAACGGGAACCGGAACCGGAACCGAAAGCGGAACCAGAACCGGAAGCGGAAUCGGAACUCGACGUGCUGUUGGGAGACAAGUCCGCUAGUCAAUCAAACACAGAAGAGGGCGUGCAAGAGCGGCAAAAGGCCGGAGGGUCCGACAUCAGGGACGCGGGAAAGGGGGAAACGGACCGGGGAAGAGCAGAGGGGUCUGAAAACGUCGAUAUUCCAAUGUCGGCUUCGAUUCUUGAGGAACUUAAAGCAGACACGCAUGAUGCGGAUGCAAUAAGAGAAGGGGCGGAAGGGGCCGGUCAAGUCGCUGAGCCGGCUGCUGAGUCUUUGGACGAAGAGCGCCCGACGACGUCCGGUGCUCGGGAGGAGCGUCCGAGAGCGUCCGACGAGCGGCCGAUAGUGAACAACGUGGCAGUGCCUGAGGAGCCACUCGCUGGGCUGGAAGAUCGUCCGGGUGCUUCCGAGGAGCGUCCGAAUGCUUUUAAAGAGCGUCCGGUCACUUCUGAGGAGCGUCCGGUUGUGGCCGAAGAAUUUCCAGUGGCGUCUGAAGAGCGCCCGGUGUUGUCCGAAGAAGCACGUCCAGCGGCGUUCGAAGAGCGUCCGGUUGCGUUCGAAGGAGAACGUCCAACGGAGUCUGAAGAGCGCCCGUUGUUGUCCGGAGGAGAACGGCCAGCGGCAUCUGCAGAGCGUCCGGUUGUGUCCAAAAGAGGAUUCGUAGCGGCGUCCGAAGAGCGUCCGGUGUUGUCCGAAGCUGUUGAGGAAAAGGAGCUAACUCCAGUUGAGCAUAAAGUCGAGACGGGUACUGUGCAACUGGAAGGCAGGGAGGGACUUGGGUUGGAGGAAAGGGAUGCCAACUCUGGGGGGGGAGGAUUAGGGGACGAUACCGAGUUGGUUCAAGAAGAAGCUCGGGAGACGGGAGACGGAGAAGUUGUGGCAAGACCGGCGGAAGACUCCGCACAAGACACGGCUGAUUUGUUGUUUGAUGCGAUUGGCGAAGAAGGGGCGGAGGCUACGAAGUCGGAGAUCGGCGGUACUAUCAAGCAGGUUGGGGGAACAGAGGGGGGCCGAGAAGCUGGAGGCUUGGUUGCCGGGCCGGAAGGAAGCAGUGCGUCGCUCGAAGAUGCUGACGUCAGAGAUGGAAAUGAUGCGGGUUUGUCUGCUGACGUGGCGGAAGACAGAGGCGGUUUGAGUGGGGACGAUUUUGAAGAUCCGUCCGAGGCGGUACGACGGGAUACUGGGCAGGAACAGGUUCCGGAAAAGGGGGGGUUCCAGAAGAAUGUUGACGAAGGCCUUAGUACCGGUGUUGAGGUUUCGGGAGGGCUGAGUGGGUUAGAGCUGCCAACGCAAGAGGAAAACCCGCCUUCGGAGUUGGUUUCUGAGACGAGAUUACCAGAGCAGAGUACAACUGGAAUGACGGAGUUGGAAGCGGAGGGGUUGGAAACGAAGCGGAGAGAUUCUAGCGCAGGCCCCGCAAGCGCCUCUCAAGAAGUUGAGCUGGGCCAAAUUAGGGGGCCGCAGGAGGUGGGGAAAAUUGUAACGGCAGAGGCCCCGCCUCAGCCUUCUGGGGGGGUAGAUCAAGGGGCACCGGCGACCCCCACGCUGCGACUGGUGAUGGAAGAAAGCCCGGGGAAUGUGGGCAGCCAUGACGCGGGUGCGUCUUUGGAAACCCAGAAACCAGACGCUCUUUCGGAGUUGGAGUUGAACUCGGGAGCCGCCUUUCCCAAGCGGCUGUUCGACGCUCCGCCGCUUCCGCGGCGGGGGCUCGACCUGAACGCCGACGCCGUGGAUGAUGUCACAGGGCCGUUCGAUGACGUCACGGGUGACGUCAUGGGGUUGGGGAAGCCAGUGCUCGAUCUGAACCAGGAACCGCAGGAGGCGGCGCUGCUGAAAGAGGGGGGCGCGCUUGGUGGGGAAUUGCGUACUGGGGGGGAAGUUGCGGCUGCGAGCGAAGGGGGGGGAGAUGGGGGUGCGGAGUCGGAACGGGGGGUGAUGUACAGUGCGGAAAGCGCCCCCUCUGCUGUGGUUGAUCAGUCGGUGGUACAGAGAGUGGUGGCUGACGGGUUUGUCACGGGGGGAGACGGAGAGGGAGAGGGGACGAGUCCGGUUGUAGGGUUGCGAGAAUCGGAGGAGAUAGCCGAAGAAGAAAUGGGAAGAGGUAGAGCGGAAGUGGAAGGGGUAGAAGAUGCGCAAAGAAGAGGAACUUCUGAGGCAAAUGCAGUCGGAAAAUCGGAGGAGAGGGCAGGAGUUCCAGAGGAUAGUGCUGGGCAGAGUAGGGCGCGGGGGACGAGAGUUGGGGAGAAAGCGACGGGGGUUCUGGAAGGCGCUCUUGAUGUGAGCGCUUUAGUGGGGACGCCGAAGGAAGACGACAUUGUAGGGGAGGACGAAGUAAAAAGGGAGGGGGCUUUGACGACGGCGGAAAGCUCGGGAAGCAAACGGAAGUUAGUGGGGGAAGCGGAGGUUGAGAAUGCCAAGAGGGUGAGAACAGAAAUUGCGGAGCCGGGGGUUGGGGUUGGGAGGAAGGAAGCGACGGCGCCGUUCGAUCUGAACGCGCCCGUCGCUGACGUCAGCAUUGACGCAGGGGAUGAGGGGAUCGCUUCCGUUGCUGACGUCAGCCUCGAGCCAGGGGGUGAGGAGACGGUCGGCGGAGGGGCGCCAGAAGGGGGUCUGGAAAUGGGGGGGGUGAUUGAUAUUCGGUCGACCUCCGAAGGGCCUACCGAGAGCGAAUCGAAGGCGAUAGCUGGAGCGAAGGGAAAGGUUUUGAAGGGGACGGCGCUCGCGCGAGCGGUGAAAGCGCAAAGGGCGGCGGAACGGAAAGCGGCUUUGGAGGCGGAACGGCAAGGUGGCGGGGAGGAAAACGAGGACGGGGAGAAAGUAGAGGAGGUUUCUGAAUCGGGGGGCAAAAGCGCCAGCAAAAAGAAGGGAGGGGCGAGCAACACGGGGCCCGCGAGGGCGGCCCUGGCGGCGAAACUGCUGAGCAAAGCGCAGCGCCGGGCGGCGAUAAACGAAAGGGGGGGGACGCCAGAUAGCACCGCGGGGACCCCCUCGCCGCGGGAUGCUGACGUCAGCACACCCCUGGGAAGCGAAGCGGCCGACGCUGUCGACUCGGACGACCCCCCCUCGCCGCCGGUAGAGUACGAUUCCCCUGACGACGAGGGCGAUGUCGUUUUCGAGGGGGUGUCCAAUCAGGGGCCAAUGCAGCCCCCUGAACCGGGGGCAGCGCUGAAGGGGGCUCCAGAGCAGGGGGCUACGCCCCCCCUGGAGAAGGGUUGGGAGAAGAAGCUGAAGAUUGAAACGGGAGAAGGGGAGGGGAGCAGAGAAGUGUCGCCGGCAGGGGGGGGGAGCGCAAAGUCGGCACGAAAGGGGGGGUCUCGGACGCAGCCCGGGGGGGUGAUGGCGCUGUGCAAGGAGGUCGUGCUGAGUCUAUCGGCGCACCGGGCGGGGCACCUCUUCAGAGACAUUGAUUACGAGAGCUUCCCAGGCGGCGACCAGAUCGAGCGGAAACUCGACCUCAACACGAUCCGGCACAACGUGGACGACGGCGUUUACGACGCGGAGGGAAGCGCCGCCUUCUACACAGACGUGCAGGCCAUGUGUGACAACGUGACCGCCGCUUUUCCGCCGGAUUCCGGCGAGCACGUGGCCGCGACCGCGCUGCGCGCCUUUGCCCAUGGCGAGAUGGGCCUGGUAUGGAAGACGGAGGAGAUGAUCCGCGACGGCGCGCGCAGCUCCCGGCGGCCGCCGCCCAAGUUCGAGCCUUUCCAGGCAACCCCUCGGAGAAGUCCACUGGGGAAGAGCGAGGCUGCCAAUGCGCUGGGGGGGGGAACCGGGCAGGCUUCCCGGCCACAGUCCAAGGGUAGGUCUAGGCUGGGGACUCCGACUGGACCCCCCCCUGAAGAGGGAAAGGAGGAGGGAGACGAUGAAGAGGAGGUAGAGGAAAUAGGAGAAGGGGGAGAGGUGGAGGCGGAAUCGAAGAGUAGCAAAGGGAAGAGAAAGGGGGGGGUAAAGGGUGGGUCGGAUGCAGCGACGCCAAAAGGUGGAGCGGGGGGUAAAGGGAAAAGUGCGCCAAAAGGAGAGGAGACUGCGUUUGCGGAAGAGAAGGGGAGCACGCCGAAAGGGGACGGGAAGGCGGGGGGCAGGCAGAAAGCGAAACCAAAAGCUUCGCCAAAGACCGAACCGAAGCCUCCCUCCAAGUCGCAUAAGAAACAACAGCCUGCUCCAAAGUCAGAGCCGGCGAAGAAGACGGGUGGGGGAGUAAAGGUUUCGCAAGCGGCGAAAGCAAGUCCUGUGGGCGAGAUUUCAGAAAUAGAGGAACCCAAGAAGGGCAAGGGAGUCAAACGAGCGCUUGAGAGCAUUGCUGAGCCGGAAAAGAAAAAGUCGCACAAGAAAGCGCGUAGGUAGGGCGUGACCAGGUCAGGUCAAAUGUCACUUGUGUACUGUUAUGAAAGUUACGACUUGAUUGCGGACACAGCAGUCGUAGAAUAUUGAUCUUGGUCGAUCUGGUUCGUCAGCCAACAGGCGGCGGCCGGCGGCGAGAACUCGAUCAAGUGUGGAAUGCUGGCCGCCUAAUCGCGGAAGCUCUGGCCAGACGGGGUAAUGAUGAUCGGCCCUUCGCUAUCAUAAUUGAUAUUCGGUGACUGAGCGA